AUGUCCUUAAAUCCAAGCUCUGGUCUACCGGUGCCGGGUGCACCGAUGAGUAAUACGCAUGCCAGCGCGUCAGGCUGGCGUUACCCCACGGUAGAUGUUGCUUACGAACAUAGGUCAAUGAAUGGAAAAUCCGUUAAUAACCGCCAGCUAAAGCUCCAGUUGGAAAGCAAUCACACAAUGGAUGCGUGCGUCUGUGUGGUUGACGCACUCAACCACAUCCGAUACUGGGUCGACUAA